GAUGCUUUUAAAUAAGGGAAUUUAUAAACAUUAAUACUGUCUAUCCCAUCAUUCUAAUCCAGACCCUAUCAAAAUCAUAUUUCAUUUUGAAGAAUCACAACCCAUUUCCCCACUUAUCAAAAUGCCCUUCCAAAAAAUUUAGUGGUUAUAAACCAAAUUCCCUUCAAUCAAAAACAAAAAUCAAAAUAAUCAACCAUAAACACAAAAACAAAAAGUUAAUUUAAAGAAAUAUCAUUCCAAAAUGCCAACUCAAGUUCAAUCCACUCCAACCUCUCCAUUUACAAUCAUUUUGAGAACUAAUAAUCGAUCUCCUAUUGAAUUUGAUAACUCCAAUACUAAAACAGUACGCUAUGAAUAAUUUCAACACAAAUAAUACUUAGUAAAUAAAUAUUUAGCUCCAAGAAAGUUAGGCUUGCAUAAAGAAGCAAAUCUAUUUAAAUUUGGAAUUUAUAAAUGA